ACCGGCCCUCGGCGGGCGGGGGGUGGCGGGAGCUGGGGAGCCACUGUUAGGGGCUUUGGCCGCUGAGUAAGUGCUCGAGGUGCUCGAAGUCCCACCGGCGGCCCCGCCGGGAGAGUGCUGAGGGCGACAAAGUCUUGGACAAUGAGUGGAAAUGAGGACGACUGGCUAGCUCUCAAACCCCAGGAACCUUCUCCAUCCCAGUGCUGCGGCAGCGGCUGCAAACCCUGCAUCUAUGAUGUGUAUGAGAAGGAGCUUGCACAAUGGGAGAGGGCCAAAGCAAAGCAAGACAAAAGCCUCCUCGUGAAAAAGAAGGGGCAGAGCAAUAAUUCAGAACUGAAUCCAGAUACAUUUACUGCAUUCAACAUAAGCUCUGUGGAGCAGCUAACAGAGGACACCUACCAGUACAAAUUUGAAUUACCAGGAAAUAGCAGUCUGCGAUUGAGUUUAGGACAACAUAUCGUGUUAAGAGGAAUGGUGAAUGGUUUGGAAGUCCAGCGAGCCUAUACUCCAAUUAGCCCAGGAAAUGCAGAAGGCUACUUUGAAGUUUUAAUGAAGUGCUAUGAAGCUGGGCUAAUGUCACAAUACAUAAAAACAUGGAAAAAAGGAGACAAGGUCUUUUGGCGUGGGCCGUUUGGAGGGUUCCCAUAUCGACCUAAUAAGCAUGGAGAACUCCUGAUGCUGGCAUCUGGUACCGGCCUCACACCAAUGCUUCCCAUCCUCCACUCCAUAACAGAUGAUGAAGAGGAUGAAACCUUUGUAACUCUUGUUGGCUGCUUCCGUACAUUUGACAAAAUUUAUCUGAAACCUCUUCUCCAGGAUCUGGCUCGGUACUGGAACAUCAGAAUAUUUUAUGUCCUAAGCCAGGAAACAUCACUGGAAAAACUUCCUUGGAGCUAUCAGCAAAACACAUACACUGGUCGUCUCAGUGAAGACUUGAUGAAGACAAUUGUAAAUUCCUGCCGAAGAAAGCCAUUUGUAUUAAUCUGUGGCUCUUCUGCAUUCAGUGAAGAUAUGGGUAGAUAUUUGAAAGCUGCAGGAAUUGAAGAAAAUUCCUGUUUUGUGUUUUAGCAGGUUAUCCCUGACCUAAGGAAUCUUAGGCCAAGCCUUGGACGUCCUUGUUUCUCUGCAGGCAUUGCUCGAAUUCAGUCAUCUCCAUAGACUGAGUCCCUUGUGCGUAUACUUUCAUAGGCCUUUGGAUCAAAUAUUUGUCUCAAGAGUGAGAAUCAUACUGGAGAGUGUUUUAAGGAUCACAUGCCACUCUGGUGGCUACAAUCACCCACACCUCAGGGAACAGCAUGGUAAUGUAACAGAAGUCUUCACACACAAUUUUGAGAGAGAUCUCCUAAGGGUACUAAAAAGCAUGCAAGUACACAGCUCUGCAGUAAUAUGAGGACCAGUGACUUGCUUUGCAAUCCGUGUUAGUAUCCAGUGGUGGUGUGCCCUGUUACAUGUCCAGAGGAAAAAACAGCACGGUUAAGGGAGCAGCAGAGCACUGGCCCGGCACUUGGGAGUCCAUGGGGUUCAUUUUGGUUGUGUCAUUAUCUUGGUGGAUGUUGUCACUUCAACCUCUCUGUGCCUCAGCUGCCCUAUUAUGCACUAAUACAGAGGAGGUGGUACCGAUCUCCUCUGAAAAGAUCCUUUCCAACCAUGUAUAGAAAAGGCUAUACGUGGGGACGGAGUUAUACAUGGUGCCCACUGAGGACUUAGGC